CAGGUUUUAAGUCACAAUAUAGAGAUUUAACAAAAAAAAAAGUUACAAUAUAGAGAGGGCAAAGUAAGUAAAAACAAUUUAAUCUCCGUUUGGAAAGAGUGCAAAUGUCUCGUCUCCUAUUAAACCUUUCUGAGUAAAAAUGUAAGUUAAUCGGACAUCCGAGACGUCCCAAAGAAAGAGAGAGUGAAAAGUCCCCUCACUAAAAUUCGCAUUUCUUGAUUCAUCGAAUUUCUACCAGGAAUAAAAACCUGCUCAUCAAAUCAAUUUGUUCCAAAAGAGCAUUUGAUUUCUAGCUAAUGGGUUCGAAGCCUUUUCAUCUUUGAAGCUAUUCUUGUUUUUUCGAGGGAGGGGCGAUGGAUAUCGAGCACAAGCAAGCAGAACUGAUCGGGCAUUUCGUGAAGCAAGCAGAAACACACAGAGGGUCGGCACUCGCGAAUGUAAUCGUCGAAGCAACGUCCGAUUCCUCCCUUUUUGCGUUUUCAGAGAUUUUAGCGGCUCCCAAUGUCUCUGAGCUUCAAGGGACUGAAUAUUCUGUGUUUCUUGACAUGCUUCGUUUGUUUGCUCAUGGCACAUGGAGUGAUUACAAGAGUAAUGCGGGCUGUCUUCCACAACUGGUACCUGAUCAAGUCCGCAAGCUAAAACAACUUAGUGUUCUUACACUUGCUGAGACAAAAAAGGUACUUCCCUAUGAUCAACUGAUGCUGGAAAUAGAUGUUUUAAAUGUACGUGAGCUAGAAGACUUCCUUAUCAAUGAAUGCAUGUAUGCGGGCAUAGUUAGAGGUAAGCUGGAUCAGUUGCGGAGAUGCUUUGAGGUCCAGUUUGCUGCAGGGAGGGAUCUGAGACCUGGGCAGCUUGGGAGUAUGAUACAGACGUUAACAAACUGGUUAGCAACUUCAGAUAAUCUACUUCUUUCAAUUCAAGAAAAAAUAAAAUGGGCUGAUAUGACGAGUGAGGUGGACAAGAAACAUAAGAAGGAAAUUGAAGAUAGGGUAGAAGAAGUGAAGAAAUCCCUCUCACUCAAGUUACACACUGUAAGCAGGCAGACAUGGAGUUCCAAGGUCAUGAAGAGAUCUUCUACUCUGAACCUGGUGGAGUGAUGGACUAUGAGGAAGAUCGAAGCCGUCCCAAGAGGCGGCGACCACCAAUAUCAUGAUGUGUUGUGUCAAGUGGGAACCUGUGGACAGGAUUUUAGGUGGCUUCCUAGAUUCUGUUCAUGGCAUACCGGCAUCUUAAACUUUUCUCAGUUGGAGAUGUCGCCAUUAAAACUCAUGUAUUGAGAAUUGGUAGUGUUUUGAAACUAUGUUCUAUCCACUUUUUAAAAUAGAUCAGAGACAAGAUCGAAUUGGGGGUACAGCUGGAAUUUCAUAUACAACUCACAAGGAGACAAGGUUGCAAGUCUAAUUCUUUUUGCAUUUUUGUGGGCAUGGUAAUGUCAUAUUUUUUGCCCUCUUUUUUGAUAUCAAAGUGUGAUCAUCAUCAUUAUGGGACAACAUGCAGACAUAUGGUAGUGAUAUUAAGAAAUCUUGGAAUGCAAGGUGAGUAGUUAUAGAGAAGCUUCAACUAUGUCCUCAUUUGGUUGAAUCACCUUGUACUUGGCCUUACAGUGCAAACCUUGUAUAUUGUAUUUCUAAACCUUAUAUUUGCACUUGCAUACCUGUAUUUGUACUCUUCCCAAACUAAGCCUAAUAUUUUAAUACUGUAUUCGCAUGAUAUUUUCUAAUGAAAAUUACGGUUUGGUCAGAA